GACUUUAUAUAGCAAAUAUAGGCUCCAGCACGCCAAUCGGCGAUGAUUCCUUCGCCUGUAUGUUACCACCAACGCCAGAUCAUCUCGCUUCCUGAAAAUAAGAAAAAACAAAACGAGGUAAACAAAGGAAAGGGAAAAUGCCAGGAAAGAACCAAACCAUUGACAGAACCAUGGAUGACUUGCUAUCUUCAUGGCCUAAAUCUUCCUCCAACAGUCAGCAUCAACACUGAUGUGCAAUUAAAUAAUAAGGCAACAACUCCAAAUAAAGAAUUAAGACAAAGGCAACACAAACACACAAUCAAGGUCGAAGCCUAUGUGCGUGUUAACGUACACUCUGAUAUAGUAACGUCACUUGUAGUAGUAGUUAACUGGCACUCUUGGAAAUUCUCUCCUGAAAGAAUAUAAGAUGGAUGCAAUUGUAGCGUGCCCAUGUAGGGGAGACCAGGACCUUCUCUAACAUCUCCCAUGAAUAACUACAUAUGAUCAGUAUUUACUUUUCUGCGGAGACAAACCUGCCACACACUGAUAUAACCCGGGUUAGCUAAUGCUCUGUUUGCAUACACGUAGAAUGAGUUAACAUCCAAACAUGCCAGGAGCACCAACAGCCCUGCUAGCUUUCAUAGUAUGCAUCUCCUUUCCAGCGGCUGGAGCCUCUUCCGAGCGCUCCAUGUCAUUGCCCGGCUGCGCUGACAAGUGCGGCGAUGUGCCCAUCCCAUACCCCUUCGGCAUUGGGGGGCACUGCGCCACGACCAGGCUGAACAGCUACUUCAACCUCACCUGCGACGGCACGUUUGAUCCACCUCGGCCAAUGGUUGGAGAUCGCGAGGCAAUAGUUGAGGUUGCCAGCAUCUCACUAGAGCAUGGUGAGAUGCGUGUGCUCAGCCCCGUCAACCACAUCUGCUUCACGUCAAAUAGCACAUCCACCAAGUUGGCCGAUGGGUAUGAUCUGCAGCCCACGCCCUUCAUCCCGUCACCAUCGCGCAACCGCUUCACAGUCAUCGGCUGCAACACCCUGGGACUCAUCACUGGCUACAAGGACACCGCCAGCCAGUACGUGGCUGGCUGCUACUCCUACUGUGAUGGUGUCAACAACACGUCCGACGGCGCGCCAUGUGCUGGGAUGGGUUGCUGUGAGGCUGCCAUCCCAGCCAAUCUCACCACCUUCGGGGUCGUGUUUCAGAUGAACCAGAGCAAGGUAUGGGACUUCAACCCGUGCUUCUACGCCAUGGUGGCCGAGGUUGGGUGGUACAAUUUCAGGCAGCAGGACCUCGUUGGUAGCCUUGGGUUUAUCAAUGAUCGGGCACAGAGGGGUGCCCCCAUCGUCGCUGACUGGGCCAUUAAGAAUGGCUCUUGCCCGGAGGAGGGGAAGGACGCACCUAGUGACUAUGCCUGCAUCAGUGCAAACAGCUACUGCAAGGCCGCGAACAAUGGUCCAGGGUACCUCUGCCAGUGCUCCAAAGGAUAUGAGGGCAAUCCUUAUCUUCUGAAUGGCUGUCAAGGUUCAAUAUUUACUCAGAUAUAACUUGUGUAGAUUUCCAGGGAUAUCACUCUCAAAACUGAUGGAACUCUAAACAAUAUUCAGUGUUACUUAAACUAAAUACACUUCCACGAAACAGUAUGGAAACUCACCAGUAGCUUGGUUCCAAAUUUCACCUUGUAUAGCAACUCCAACUGUUGGUUUCAACAGAAGUCUUCCAACACUUUUGGGCAUACACACGAGUGCCUGGCAGCACUUGUAUAAUCAUAUUGGGGUUUCCAGCACACCUCAGUGUAGUACUGUGCAAUAUUACUUUGAAAAUUUUUACGGAAAGCCAAGCUACAGCAUUACAAAGUGAAUUCAUUACUUGAAUCUGUGACUUUUUAAACCGCUAUUAAUGAAAGUAAUAUAGUAAUUUAUGUUUAAUUUUAUGCUUCUAAGUGUGCUUUCGUUAAUAUCUUCAGACACAAAUGAGUGUGCAUUGCGUAAGCAGGACCCCAAGUAUGAAGAUUUGUAUCCGUGCAGAAAAGGGGCCUGCCACAACAUACCAGGAAGCUACUUAUGCAAAUGCAAACCAGGAAAAAGAUCUGACAGUACAAAUUUUGGAUGUCGAUCAUUGCAUUCUCCAGCUGACAAAAUGGUUAUUGGUAAGCACAAUUUAUGUAAACCGUUUA